AUGGGCUACUAUGGUGGUCUUGGCCCCAUGACCAACGCGGUCCUCUGGGUAGAGGUUGUUAUCUUCGCCGUCUUUGUGGGGCUAAGGCUUUAUACACGAAAGUUCAUAUUAAGUGCCAUUGGGCUUGACGACUAUCUGGUUGUGGUCGCGCUAGUUUUUCACAUAGCAUACACUGCCUUCGUUACAGCAGGGACCGUCUACGGUCUGGGACGACUGUUUGCUGAUGUCGGCGAUCCGGUCAUAUAUUUCACAGCACUCAAAUAUGAGAUUUUCAGUCAAGUUGCUGGGAUCAUGGUCAUUGGGGUGGGAAAGAGUGCUGUUGGGGUGUUCUUGCUUCGGAUUGUACGGAACAAGAUCCAGAUCUGGAUUAUCUGGGGUUGCCUCGCGAUCACUACCAUCAUCACGCUCUUCGCCAGCAUCACUGUCGUGGUGCAGUGCAUUCCGGUCGAGAAAUCCUGGAACCCCAGUACACCAGGUCAUUGCUGGAUUGACUUUUCCAAAGUUGGCUACACGGUUGGAUCAUGGUUCGUCGCCGCCGACUUCGCCUUUGCUAUCCUGCCCUGGUUUGUGGUUUGGGAUCUCAACAUGAAGCAAAAGGAAAAGAUCACCGUUGCUUGUGGUCUUAGUCUUGGAAUAUUUGCCGGAAUUUGUGGAAUCAUCCGCACCAAAGCCCUGUCGGGCUUGAACGCUUCAGAGUACAUAUCCACCGAGAGCUGCGUCACCAUAAUGUGCUCGUCGAUCCCCGUUCUGCGCCCUCUCUACGUUCGCAUCAAGUACGGCAAGGAUGGCAAGAGCAGUUCUUCCUCCGGCAAUACAUCCUACAAGAUGCCUAUGUAUGGCAACAACAGGAAGUGGGGCAAGUUCGGCAAAUCUGACCUCGAGUCUUCUGUCGAGCCGGAUGAUAUCUCUUACCAGACGACUGUGAUGAAACAUGGUCCCAGGAACUCUAGUGAUGAGAACAUCCUGCGUGGCGCUGCUGGCAUUGAGAGAACUGACGAGAUUUCAGUCAGCUAUGAGCAAUAUACGACGAAGCCUUAG